AUGUCGGAAGACUUUGAUAUAUAUGCAGAUCUCGAGCAGAACGACAGAGAAGUUGAAAAGGAUAACAAGGAGCUUGCUGCAUUAAAAAUGCGCAUAAAUGAACUUCAAAAACAGGUGGAAGAUGCAGAACAACAGAAAACAGAUAUCAUCAGAAAGAAUGAAAUAUUGCUUGAAAAUGUGUCUUCGCUUCUGUUGACUGCCAAAGCUGAGAUUAAGCGAAAGGAUACAAUGAUUAGUGAUUUAAGGAAACAAUGUGAUAAUGUUGUUUUCAGGCGAAAAGGACAUGUUAACCAAUGUGUUAACAAUAGGACUAGGUUUACGCAAACAUCUUUAAAACAUACGCUGAAUAUUGGCGUGCAGACGUUACCCGUUGGAUGUAAUGAUCCUUUAUGCAACAAAAGCAAACAUACUGAAUCAAGCCAGAAUCGGGAUCGAAAUCGUGAGCGUGAACGAGUGAGCAAAAGCCAAAUGGUCCAAGAACGAGAACUAAAUCAAGGCCGUGAUAGAUCGGCCAACAGAGAAAUUGAACGGUACCGUGAUCAGGAACGAAAUCGUGAUCGUGAUCAGGAAAGAAACCGUGAUCGUGAUCGCUACCGUGAUAAUGAUAGAGAACGUGAUCGCGAAAAGCGCGGUGAGCGAGAUCGAGAAAAGUAUAGCGAACGAUAUCGCAAAAGAUCGCAAGAACGGACCCGUUAUAAAGAACAGCAUAGCUAUGAGCGCAGUAGUGAUAAAGAAACUCAUGGUUAUUUCACCCGUAAUAAAGACCAAAAGCAAAACGAAGUACAUACACGGCAUGAAGAGCGUAGUUAUGAAGAAAGGCAAGCACCUGUCCACUCAAGAGUGAAUGAAGUUAACGAACACAAUAAGAAUAAUGCAAAGUUUCCUGAUGCUAAAGGUACGUUCCUCGAGACCCGCAGCGAAAGCAGCAAAGCAAGUCACAGUCGGACGCAAGAAUUUAAAGGUAGUAAAAACCCUAACACAGUGAUGAAUACAGAUUUAAAUCAUGUAAGUUAUCGUAAGUCACAAAAAAACAUUGCCAGCAAUACCAGAGAGUUUGUAUCAGACACAAUGGAACGAUCAGCAAUUAGUGAAUACAACCCAGUUGUAAAAGAAACAUUUCAAUCAGCGAAACUGGUAGAUGCUAACAAUGAACGAGUAGAAAUUGAAAUGUCUUCUAAGCUUGAGAACCAAACUGUGGUCGAUACCUGCGAUAGCGUCGAUAAUGAAGCUAUGUGUGGAUCUAGCAAAACAUCUAAGAAAGACCAACAAAACGUGGAGUCAGGUGCGGCAGCAAUGAAAGAGAUUGAAAAGGAUAGCAGCGAAGGUGACAAGAAUGAUACUUUACAAUUACAAGACAAUCAUGAAGAAGCUAGUGUAAAUAGGCAACAGGUUGGAACAUCACAUAGUACAGAAUCGCCAAAAUUUCCAAAAAAUUCAAUCCUCAAUGCUUCAUGUAACGAUAAUGGAUCCAUUUCGGAAGAUGAUCGGUUAAGUACAAACGGUAGGAAGGUAGAUAUAUUGGAAUCUACAGAAUCAAUUAAUGGUAUAUUAUCUACGGAGAAGGAAAAUGAUGAAACGAAUUCAAAUGAGGAACAUGACACACUUCCGAGUGCUGCCAUCUCAAAUCCACCAGUAAUGUUAAAAGAAUCUAGUAGCUCUGCUGUUGCGUUUAGUUCGGAAGAUCUACGAAGUAUUCCAGUAGAUAUAAUACGUAGCGACGACAAAACGGGAGGUAGUAAGGACAUUAAUUCAAGCGUAGAAAUAAAACACGUUCAAACAUCAUUAAAGAGCAAAUCAAAGCCAAAACCCACUGUUGAAGUUUUGCGAAACGAUGUUACUAAAAAGUUAAUACAAAAUGAGCUUUGCCAAAUAACAUCAUCAAAUGAACCACUAAUAACAUCAAUUCAAAACAUUGAAAAUGAGGGUCAAAAUGCGGACGUUUGCAAAUUGAAUACCUGUCCUGCAGCAAACAACCAUAUAAGCAAUGACGAUGCAAACCAAACAGAUAAGACACAAGCAUUACCAUGUUUGGAAACAACCAUAAACGUGGAAGCUCCUCAUAAUGAAAUUGGGAAUGAACCAGAUCAUACUUUAAUGCUCGGAAAUAUGGGAUCAAGCAAUGAGCUGCCGUUAGUCAACGAUGCGGUGGAUGAACUAUCUCACAAGAACAACUUGUCAGUAACAACAGUAGCUGAUAUUGAUACUUUAAACGAAAAACCACGGAAUCCACCCGCUGCAGUUUCUUUGGCUGACAACGCUUUGCAUAGCUUUGGCCUGCGUGAUAGACGUUCCAAUAGUUGCUACUCGGAUGUGUUGGAGAGCGAAAGACCACCAGAAACAAUGUCAAUACAAACAUACUUUAUGAAUUUCAACGUGCUAGAGGUUGCAAAUGAAGUGAUCGUAGGCAACGAACAAUGUUUGCCCUGUGUAGAACCGGUUAGCGAAAGCGAGUUAGUACCAUUGAACGAAGCGACCGCUUUGGUUGCAGUUAAAGAAACUAACGAAGUCCAAAAGAACCCCAAAACAUCUACAGCAGAGAUCGUUCGUGAACGGUUACGGAAGAAGAGCAGUGCAAUUUUACAAAAAGCGUCGAAUCGUAGCAGCACAAUAUCGAUGCCAGCGAUUCCUCUGAAGCGUAGGUUGUCCAUUGAUAGUGCAAGCAUAGCAUGCAAAAAGUACAAACUUAAUACCGUAGCACAAGUAGACGGGAAAAAGCUCUGCGUUUCGCCAUCUGGCAAACUUUCGUCUACGUACUUUUCGCAGAUUGAUUUACCAAUAACUUCUGCGCUGGACAGUAUACCGGCUAAGUUAAGAUCGCCGAAUUUCAAACAGGAAAGUCAUGGUAUGCUUAACACUCCAAUGGUAGUGGUUCAUUCGCCGGCAAAACCAUCGCAUGAACCGAACGAAAAUGUUCAAAACAACUACUACUUAUUGCCUUUGGGCGAUCAAUCAUCCCUACAGAAUAUCAUGGACUCGCUGCUACAAACGCCCAUUAAGAAUGAAUUGACCGACAAUGUUUCACCUCCGUGCGAAAACGGUGCGAGCGAAGAAGGCAAAGGACAAAGUUUGGCAUCGAAAAAUUACGAAAAUGUAGAAAUAUGUUCAACACCGGUUAGCACUAAACCGUUGUCACGAUUGUCGCAAGAUGCUGCAGCGGCAAAUCCAUUGUGGCGUAUGCCAUCUAUUAGUAUUACGGAACAGAAAAGAACGAUCGGCGAACCCAAAGAUUCCCUCAUUCCUUCAGAUUUAGACACCGAUCGUGAAGGUUCGAUUAUUGAUAAGACGGAGAAAGCCGUACACAAGGCUUCGUCGGAGCAUACAACGCACUUGUUAGGCAAACACGAUGCUGACAAAUUACCUGCUAAUCAUGCUGGAAAACAAAAAAUACUUCAAAGUCCAAAGCAAAUACUAAGAAUACCAUCAGCAACUCAAGAUAGUAGCUGUUUAAAUGUAAAUAAUAAUUACGAAACUUCAUCGACUAAGGAAAAGAUCAAGAAAACGAACGUGGUACCAGUUGCUGGCAUAAGCCUCGAAAACGACACUGCCAGUGUACAACAGCCCAGCAAAACUUCAAACUUAACUGAUGUUUCGAUUAAUGUGCCACAAUCUACAGUGUUUAAAACUCCGGUAAUUAUAUCGAAAUCCACACAUACUAAAUCACGAACAACUGCAAACUCAAGAAAAACCAACGAAAUAAUGAAGGUGAAGGACCAAAACAGCAAAUCAGUGGAAAUAAUCCCGAGCAAAAAAGCACGUCAAAAGCCGACAGUGAAUGUUGAUGCAGGAAAAAUAACAGUGACUCAAAGCUCAGCCAUACCAUCGACGAGUAGUUCUGGUAAUAAAAUUAUUAGUGAACCAUCCACAAAACGCCAACCAACGGCGUCACAAAUUCAGCGACUUCGGCAGCAAAAGAACGACGAUGAAAAGCGAACAGAUGUAAGCGGAGUGCAGAGAAAGGUUGCAAAAGACAAAGCCCCGGUUAUUAGUGUCACUGAAAAUACAUUGCCAGUAGCGGAAUGUAGCUAUACUGAAGUUGGAAAAAUUAACCCACAGGACGCUCAGUCGACGGUAAUUGUCAACAGUGUACAGAGGCUUAAUCAGCAAACUCAACCGGAACCAUCAGUGCCAGUCAGUAUGUUAUCUACUACUAACACUUGUGAUAAGAAAAUCGUUGAAGCAGAACGUUCUCAACGCGUAAUAAGCAACGUUACCCUAAACCUAUCUCUAGCGGAUAGCGAGACAAAUAGUCCCAGCAUUCGCAAGCGUGACACACCGGUACGGCAUGUUCGAGAAAUGCGAAUAGUUAAGGAAAGCCCUUCAUUAAUGCGAGUUUUUAUAACGAGAAAAUAA